GUUGUGUAGCUCGGGGGUUGUCGGAACGAUUGCUACCUGCAGAAGGAUUAUGAAACAACAUUCGUUACUUCUCUUUUUGGCGAUGGCAGCGGGAGGCUGCUUAAGCCUUCGGAUGCUGAGCCUGGAUGUACCAACUGCAGUAAUGCGGGGUGAAUCUAUAUGGUUGAACUGCACACUAGACUUAGAAUCAGACGAACUGUACUCCGUCAAGUGGUACAAAAAUGAUGUAGAGUUCUACAGGUACCUCCCCAGGGACAACCCCAAAGGACAAAAAUAUGAUUUACCCGGCGUCUAUCUACAGUUGGAUCGGUCGGUGCAGGGAAAUGUCUACCUGAAAGACACUGACCUCAACACGGAGGGUCUCUACAGGUGUGAGGCUUCUGCGGAAUCACCCACUUUUCAGACGGUAGAAGGAGAAAAGAUGGUUAAAGUUUAUGUCUUGCCUCAGGAGGAUCCCACAAUCUUAGGGAGCAAAUCACGAUACGAAGUUGGAGAUAUCGUGAAUGUGACUUGCAGAGCCGGACCUUCACGACCAGCUGCUUCACUCAAAUGGUACAUCAAUGGGAAAGAGGCGGAUCCCAGACUGGAAAGAACGUAUAUCGCUGAAGACCACCAGAAUGGAUUGAUGACCUCGUCUCUGGGCCUCGUGUUCGCUGUGAAGCCAACUGACUUAUCACAAGGUGCCAUCACGCUGCGGUGUACAGCAACCGUCUCUCAGACAUACUCAACAGCCAGCGAAGAAUUGGUGGUUGGAGACAGAUAUUCAGCUUCUCCCUCUAAUCCAUUCACAGUUAUAUCCAGAGAUGGUCCGGUAAUCACAGGAGGUCAGGCACACUACAAAGUUGGAGAUUUACUAGAUGUUAAUUGUUCUUCCGACGUAACCCACCCGCUUCCAGAACUACAGUGGUUUCUCAACGAUAAAGAAGUAGAAAAGCAUCACCUGAUUCGUUACAAAAAUAAGGAAGUGCUUGGUCUGCGGCUGAGGGUGCAGACCAAACAUCUCGACGAGAACGAAGAGAUGAGGUUAAAAUGCACAGCCACCCUCUCUAAGGUGAUACAGACAAGAAGUGAAGAAACCACACUGGGUGGUAACCACAGGACAUCUGGACUUACGGUGGCAGAGAAUUUUGGAAAAGUGUCUGAGAGAAACAUCAGUAUUGCAAAAACGCUGCACGCUUCAAACAUGGUGACUUGUCUAGGACUUAUUUUGCUAUUGCUUCUCUGACGGACGGAUGAUCGAAAAACCGUUGAGAACAAUUUGCACUCGGACUCUAGUCGUCAGCUAGACAGUGCGUUAUGCAUGGGCCAAAUGUCUUCUUCGUGAAUAUAGAUUUUUAUGCAAAUGUAACAAAAAUUCUUUAUGGAAAUCACGAGGACCAUGUGGUGUGCUGGAUUAAGCACAAGAGAAACGUGCCGGGCGUCAAGUGUACUCUAUCUGUAAUAUAACUAUUCUCAAAGAACACCCGUUACAUAUUAAGAAUAUUGGCUUCAGCUAAGGCAGAGACUACCAUAGAGAAUUUUUUUUAAAAAAAAGGAAGCAAUGUUGCAGCAAAUGUCUUAGAUUAUCUUAAUGAUUCAGUAAACAUCGUAAUGAAUGCUAGUCAGAUGUUGACGAAGAUCAGAAGAUAAACAAGAUAAUAAAUAUAUAUAUAUAUCUCCAUCAAGAAAUUUUUAUUUUUCUGACUCGAGUCAAAAAGAAUCACGUUGCUGUGGAACAAAAAAAUUUGUUUAGCUUCGAUUCCAUCAACUAUCUGAGGAGUUAUAUUCUGGAGAGGCUAUCUUUUUCACAUUUGAUUCCAGCUGCUAUCUGAGAAAUUAUAUUCUGGAGAGGCUGUCUUUUUCAUAUAUCCAAAUCCAGAUGCUGAGGAAUUAUAUUCUGGAGGGGGCUAUCUUUUUCAUAUCCAAUUCCAGCUGCUAUCUGAGAAAUUAUAUUCUGGAGAGGCUAUCUUUUUCAUAUCAAAGUGAAAUAAAGUAUAUUUGGAUGAUGGUGUAUAUAAUUUUUGAUUGAUACGGAGAGGAAAUAGAUACAAUUACAUGUUAGACAUUUGAAUAGCUAGAUCAAAUGGAACGACAAUACGUACUUUAAAAAUAGGUGAGCUAAGCAGAUCUUUUUUGGGGGAGGAAGAAUCAAAACUCUCAACCUUAUUUAAAAUGGAAUUUUAAAUUUACUCGUGCAGGUAAAAUGCACCGACAAGCAUGUUUUGGGCAGGAAAAAAAAAAGACUUUGUAUCAUUUGUACAUGAUAUUAUGUGUAGUUAUUGAUGUAAUAAAUUAAAUUAUGUGUC